GAAGUCAGUUUUAUUUUUCUCCCUGCUCAGACGUUGUUGGCCUCCUCGUCGUCAGGCGGGUUUGUAACGUUAAUUUAACCCACAGCUGCGACAACAAACAAUUCAAACGAGCAUUUUGUUUGUAUUUGUCACAAAGGGCUGAUCGCAGCUGAGCGCCGGGCAUCUUGUUAACGUCUUUCACGUGGACUGACACGGCGGUGAUGUUGCGUCCCUCACAGAAACUGCCUGCUUCAGGCUGAGUUUCUCGGUAUGACAGGAAUGAAGACACACCUGCAACUAGUGUGGAUAACAGUUUUAAAAGUCAAUAUCCCAUUACCCUACUAUCAAGAUUUCCCAUCCAGAUUUUCAAAUGAAAAUGGAGGAUAUGCCCCUGUCAGGCCAAGACAACACCAAGCUGGAGGCCUUGGUCCAUGACAUCUACUCUGAGCUGGUGGAAGAUGCCUGUUUGGGCCUGUGCUUUGAGGUUCAUCGUGCUGUGAAACAGGGCUACUUCUUCUUGGAUGAAACGGACCAAGAGAGCAUGAAGGAGUUUGAAAUUGUUGAUCAGCCAGGAGUGGACAUAUUUGGCCAAGUGUACAAUCAGUGGAAAAACAAAGAGUGCGAGUGCCCAAACUGCAAAAGAUUGAUAGCAGCUUCUCGCUUCGCUCCGCACUUGGAGAAAUGUCUCGGCAUGGGCCGCAACAGCAGCCGCAUCGCCAACCGCAGGCUAGCCAGCAAUAACAACAUGAGCAAAUCAGAGAGCGAUCAGGAAGACAAUGAUGACCUCAAUGAUAACGACUGGUCGUACGGGGCAGAAAAAAAAGCCAAGAAGAGAAAGUCAGAUAAGAAUCAAAAUUCCCCAAGACGAUCCAAAUCUGUAAAACACAAAAAUGGUGACCUUGGAGGCAGCGUCAGUUCGGAGCCUUACAAGUACAACUAUAAUACUGGCAUCAGUUAUGAAACUUUAGGCCCCGAUGAAGUCAGAUCUCUUUUAACGACGCAAUGUGGGGUGAUCUCUGAGCACACCAAGAAGAUGUGUACCAGGUCUCAGCGAUGUCCCCAGCACACGGACGAGCAGAGGAGGGCCGUCAGGGUGUUCCUCCUGGGGCCGUCCGCGCCGUCGCUGCCUCACUCGGAUGCCGCUGUGGAGAACGACAGCUUUGACAUUCCAGACGGACAGACCCUGAUGAGCCGCCUGCAGUGGGAAGACUCCCCUGACAUCUCACCUACUGAUUCGGCCUCAUCUAAAGCCAGCACCAAUCAUUCAGAUUCGAGGAGGCCCAAGAAAAAAAAGAGGACGUCUCUCGGUUUGAGCAGCGUUGGAGGAGGAGGUGGAGGAGUAGGAGGGGGUGGGGGAGGAGGAGGGGGAAGUCUGACUGGAGGUGGAGGCGGCAGCAGCAGCAGCAGCUCUCAGAGUAAUAUCAGCUUAUCGACCAAAAAGAAGAGGCCCAAACUCUCAGCACCUUCUAUUUCCAGUAUCUAUGAUGACUUAAACUAGUAUAAACCAGGACUUGCCUCCCCCGAUGAAGUCCCUCCUUUCAUACCGUACACUUACAGGCUUGAACAGGAUGGGACGACACUUGACUCUAUAGUACUUAUUGAUUUAACCUCGAAUCAACAAAUCAGGCAAAUUUAAAUGAACAUUUGGCGCUCUGUAUUACGAGCACAGCGGUCGAAAGAUUGGGGUCGGUCACAGAGUUUCUCAUCAGGGUAUCUGCAGGGAAGUACUGGACCUGAAAACAGGCUUGAUUUACUGCUUAUUCAUGACCCCAAAUUAUUCUUCAGAGCAUAAAAAGUGUUAAAUUUGAGCUUUCUGAAACCUUCAGGUACUCCAGGACUGUGACCCGCCCCUAUUUUUAGACUGUGUGCUUAUUUAACUCUGUUUUGAGUAGACAUGUGGACAUUUGACUCACCUAUACUGGAGUACUCAUCAGUGGCUUUUUUUUUUUUUUUUUUUUUAAUUUUAGCAUCGUAUUGCACAGUUGUGUGUGUGUGUGUGUGAGUGCCUCUGUACGCUGAACGUCACUUUUUCGUGUGGUGUGUGUGUGUGCAGUUAGAGGGUAUGCCUGUGUGUGUGUAAUCAUUUAUAUUUUCAUAAAACUAUGCAUCCUAGAAUGUGACAUUUUUGUGAAAGUAUGUGUGCCAUUUUAAAUAUUUAAAUUUUUUUAUUGUUUACAUCAACAAUAUAUUUAAGUUUUUAUUUGUCAGUGCCUAUGAAGUGAUACUGUAAUGUUUAUUAUUUGUGUGUAAAUGCAGAUUUUGAUAUUUGAUGAUAUUUUCGGGGCACAUGUGUGUGUAUAUAUAUAUACAGUAUGACGCGUGAGAUGGGAAAGUAAUCAUGAAUCCGACGUUAACUUCUUUGUGUAUUCUCACUCACUUCUGCUCAUAGAUCACAUUGUACAUUCAGUAGAUCAGUGGUGCAGUUAUACCUGUCAUCCACGAUCGUGAGUGAUGAGUCUGCAUCUUAUAACCAACAAUGUUUAAUGUAAAAUAUUACGCGCUUUAGAGGUCUGAUGCACUAUUUGACUAAUCUUGGUCUCACAACUUGUCAUGGUUGAUGUCUUAGAGAAGCAUUUUUAACCUGUUUCUCCUAUAAAUUGGCUUCUCAAACACGA